AUGGUUUCCAUGGCGACGCAAGACAAACAACAUGGCGAGCUGUGGACGCGCUGAAGGCCCCGCGGGUGUUGAGAUGGACGACGAGCGCCUGCGGGAGCUGUACGCGUGGGUGGACACGCUGCAGCUGUCCAGGACCAAGCGCAACAUUGCCCGGGACUUCAGCGACGGAGUCUUAAUUGCCGAAGUGGUGAAAUGUCACUUUCCCAAGAUGGUUGAAAUGCACAACUAUACUCCAGCCAGCUCAACACAGCAGAAGUUAAGCAACUGGGGUCAUCUGAACAGGAAGGUGUUCAACAGGCUCAACUUCUUUGUACCUGAUAAUGUGGUCCGCAAGGUGGUACAGUGCUCACCUGGAGUUGUAGAGUAUGUGCUGAGCAGCCUGAAGCUGAAGAUAGAGGAGAAGCUGAAACAGAAACACAGCAAGAUGACUGUGCCACCACAGGACCUUGAAUAUUACAGCAUGGCAGUGGAACAGGAUAUAGGUCAGUUUCCAGCAUCACGGCAGUCAAAGGGGAACCAUCACAGCAUUCAGCUACAAGCUGACCACUCCACAAGUCCAGUGAAGGCACAUCCUGGAUGUCCACAGCUAAGCCCGGAGGUAAGGAUCUUGUUGGAGGAGAAAGAACAGGCUGUGCUGGUGUUUCAGGAAACUAUCCAGAUCCUUCAGGUGAAAAUCCGCCGUCUUGAGCAUCUUCUCCACUUGAAAGAUGUCCAAAUUGAUGAUCUUACUUGGCGCCUGCAGCAAGCUGAACAGAGAUGAAAGGCCUUCACCCUCUCUUCCACUCCAAGCAUGUCAUGACCAUCUAGUCAAAGUGUUUUUUUUUACAGAUAUGUUUUUAAACAAUUAAUAAUGAAAAUUAAAAUGGGUCUCUGAUACUUAGCAACUUGUCAGAAAUAUAUGGCAGUCACUCAGAUAUAAAACAGGAAGUACUGGAGGUAUUCAGCAUACAAGAGAUGCUGGAAAUUUUGAGCAACACAUGCAAAAUAUGGAGGAGCCCAGCAGGACAGGCAGCAUUUGUGGAAGGGAAUCCCCUUCAUUCGGUCCUGAUGAAAGGUUUUGAGCUGAAACGUCAACUGUUUAUUCCCGUCCACAGAUGCUGUCUGUCUUUCUGUGUUCCACCACCACCUUGUGAGUGGAGAUACUUAACAGUACAAGCAGCAUCUAUGGAGGAGAAUAAAUUAUCGAUGUUUUGGGCCAAGACCCUUCAUCAGGACUGUUUAUUCCUUUUCAUAGAUGCUGUCUGACUUGCAGUUCAGGCAGCAUCCACGGAGAGAGAAAAUAUAAGGAUAGAAUUAAAGGCUGGUAGCUUUUCAUUAGAACUGGCUUUUACAUGCCAGGUAGGAAGGUGAGGUGACUCUUCUCAGGUUUGUGUUGGGUCAGGUCUUACUGGAACCGUGCAGGAGGCUGAACGAAAGCGAAGCAGGGGAAGCACAAGAGGCCACAGAUACUGGAAUUUAGAGAACAAAGCAAUGUGGUGGGAACCCAGAUCUGAUCCAAAACAUUCACAUUGCUUUCCUCCCACAAAUGGUCCAUGACCCACUGAGUUCCUCCAGCAGAUUAUUUGUUGUGAGGAGAGAGAAGAAGAGUUUCAGCCUUCGGUCGGUAGUUCACCAGCAUUUCUCAUGGUAAUUACAGAUGGCCAAUAAAUGCUUGCUUUGUCAUCAAUGUUGUGCUGACCUUGUAAACAACUCCACAAUCAAUCUAACCCUCCUACAAAGCUCAUAAGCCUCCAUUUGUCUUUCAUUCAUGUGCCUAUCUGAGUCAUUUGAUCUCCCUAAUGAAUCAGCUUCUAUCACCACCCCAAGCAGUCUAUUCCACCCACUCACGUAAGUGUAAUAAAACUUCCCUCUAACAUCUCCCUUAUACUUCCCUCCACUUACCUUAAAAGAAUUGUUUGUUAUGUGCCAUAUUGUAUGACAUAGACAAUCAUUGUCUUUCCACGACCAUGAUUGUUUUCGGCAAAUUUUUCUACAGAACUGGUUUGCCAUUGCCUUCUUCGGGGCAGUGCCUAUACAAGACUGGUGACCCCAGCCGUUAUCAAUACUCUACAGAGAUUGUCCCCCUCGCAUCAGUGAUUGCAUUACCAGGAUUUAUGAUAUACACCAGCUGCCUAUAUGACCAUCCACCAUCUACUCCUAUGGCUUCACAUGACUCUGAUCGGGGAUCAAUGCAGGUCCUACAACUUGCCCAAAGAUGACCUGCAGGCUAACAGAAGGAAGGAGUACUUUACAUCUCCUUUGGUAGAGAUGUACUUCCACCCCGUCACCCCACUUAAAAAUUGACGUCCUCUGGAAUUAGCCAAUACUGCCCUAGGUAAAAGGGGCCUGCUGUCCAUUCUAUCUAUGUCUUGUAUUAUUUUCUAUGCUUCUAUCAAGUCACCUUUGCUCCAAAGCGAAAGGUUCUAGUUUGCUCAAUCUUCCCUUAUAUGACACGUUCUCUAGUCCAGGAAGCAUUCUGGUAAAUCUGUUCUGCGUCCUCUCUAAAGCUUCCACAUCUUUCCUAUAAUGCGGCAGGUAUAACUGCAAGAAAACAGCUUUACCCCUGUCUCCAGGCUGUUCCUCAGCACUCUUCUUAACAUUGAACCUUCCUUGUAUCUUUGUUCACUUAUUGACUUCCAGCAAGUGUACGUUUAUCACUUACUUGACUAGAUAUUCUGGAGCUUGAGCUCUGCACCAGUUGUUGCAAAAGCUGAGACUGACUCUUUCUCUGCAAUCUUAUCCACUCAGAGUUUAUAGGGAUCCAUGCUCAUUACUGAACGAUAGAAAAAUGUCAGUAUAAGCUAGGGUUUACCAAUAUAUUUUUCCAUGACAAUGCACACUCAGUUCUCUAGCCUUCUGUCAAAUAUAGCUGUUCCUGUCUUGAGUAUUUCUACACUAUUUUGCCAAUCAACGUCAAUAUCUUGAUCACUCUCAAUUUCUUAGCUUCAGUGUCAUUCCAUUGUGCUGCCAGUGUCACCAUCUCAUCUCCACAUCCCAGAGCUGAGUUAGGAAGGUGAUACAUCAAGCAGAGAAGGCAUCAUUGGCUUCUCUUUUAGUCCAUGUACAUAUACACAGUGGGCCAAAGGGUUUGCUGUGCAUUGAAAGCUUCCCAAAAGUGUAGGCAUUCAAUGUUAUUUCUUAGGGAGAUUUCCUGCCAAAAGCACCAGGUUGAAGGGCCCAGAGGGUCUCAUUGGCAACCUUGCACAAAGAACAUGCUGAUUGUGAGCCAUGCUCUUCACCUGCCUGUCAGGGAAACCCUGUACCACUGCUCCCUUUUUCUCUCACAAACUCCUCUUUGGGAGCUCUGUGUAUCUCCUGUGCUGUCAUUGUUAAUUCAUUCUUGAAGCAACAUCACUAUCCAGUAACUAGAAGAGGGUUUCUUGAAUUGAAUGUACAUGUCUCAGUAAAAACACAUUCCCUGAAUUGCAACAAUCAAGUACUUGCAAUAGAUAACUAUACAACUGUGCCUCUUCAAAGUCAAAAUAAAUUUAUUAUCAAAGUACGUACAUAUCUCCAUGAGAUUAAUUUUCUUGCAGGCAAUUACUGGGAAAUAAAGAAAUACAACAGACAAAUUGUGUAAAAAAUAAAUAAUACUAAGAACAUAAGUUGUAGGGUCCUUGAAAGUGACACUAUGAGUUGUGGAAUCAGUCCAGUAUCAAGGGGAGUAAAUUUCAGGUUAUCCACACCAAUUCAGGAGCAUGACGGUUGUAGGGUAAUAGCUGUUCCCGAACCUGGUGAUGUGGGAGUUAAGACUCCUGUAUCUCCUGCCCAAUGCCAGUGGAGAGAAGAAAGCAAGAAUUGGAUAUUGAGGGUCCUUGAUGAUAAGUGCUGCUUUCCUGUGGCAGCACUCCUUGUAAGUGAGAUUUCUUCCAGUGCACCUUUAUAUUUAUCUGUUGCAAGAACUUGAAGGUGAGCUAGUCUUUACAGAGACAUGUGCUCAAUUUAAGAAACACUCUUCUGACACUGGAGAGUGAUGCUGCUUUAAGAAUGAAUCAUCCAAAAAUGCAGCAUUAAGAUGUGACAACACUAUUUUGAAUUUCUUGUUUUAGAAGAUCCUUAUCUCCCUGGGAUUUUACAAUAUUGGCAUGACUUAACAUGAUAUUUUAGUGAUGAUAUAAAAUAGAGACAUUUGAAUAGAAAAUGAUCCAUGGUUUAAUGACGUUGAUUUGAAUUGUAAUUAUUAGGAAUAAUUUUAUCAGUAUCCAAAAACUUACAUUUGCAAACAUAGUACUUACAGUUUUAUGUACACAGUUAGAUUAAUGUUAUUUCAUGUAUUUGAUUUAGAACUGGUUAUUAUUUCUCAUGACUGACUUAGAAGUAUUUACCAAUGUUUUUAAAAAGAAAUGAUAUGGUUAUAAAAUGGCUAUACCCAUACCGUAUACUAAAUACUUGUAAUAAAUAUGCUUCGAAGUUCAAAAGUAAUUUCUUCAAUCACUAUUUAUUUCCUUAAAAUUAAUUUAUUUCAUUUUUUUUAUUCAACUAGCAAUUUUUAUUUAUGUUAUUUGGAUACAGCACAAACAGGCCCUUCUGACCCAAUGAGAUGCACCGCUCGGCAACCCACCUAAUUGACCCUACCCUAAUCACAGGACAAUUUACAAUGACUAAUUAACCUACUCACUGGUACAUCUUUGGCCGGUGGGAGGAAACCGGAGCACCUGGAGGAAACCCAUGCGAUCACAGAGAGAACAUAUAAAUUCCUACAGAUGAAAGCUGAAUUGAACUCCAAACUUCAACGUCCUGAGCUGCAAUAGCAUCGCACUAAAAACUACACUACUGUAGUGUGCAACACACACAAAAUGCUGGUGGAACACACCAGGCCAGUCAGCAUCGAUAGGGAGAAGCGCUGUCGACGUUUCGGGCCGAGACCCUUCGUCAGGACUAACCAAAAGGAAAGAUUGAGUGAACUCGGCCUUUUCUCCUUGGAGCGAUGGAGGAUAAGAAGUGACCUGAUAGAGGUGUACAAGAUGAUGAAAGGCAGUGAUCGUAUGAUAGUCAGAGGCUUUUUCCUAAGGCUGAAGUGAUUGCCACAAGAGG